UACUUCCUGCUGGUUGUCAGAGACGCUUUUUUAAAGAAGCGUUGUCACGCUGUUUAUAAAUAAGAGGCGCUGCAGGAAGCGUGAUAUAGUUUGUUGUUUGUUGACUUUGUCUCCGUGUAACAGAGAAUGUGUUUUAUGUUGCCGUUACAAAUCGAUAAGUCGCAUUCGUGCGAUUUGCUUGAUGUGUGCUAAUGUAGCACGUAAAGACGUGUCAUGUUUUUCAGAGCCACUAAAACUUGCUCAGCGUUCCCCCAGAACAUCUACAGUACCGUUCCAUGGAGGAGUCCCGCGUUCCCCUUUAAACUGUGAGUCCACUCAAUCUCUACAAAGUGUCUAGACAAGCUGUGUUCCAGUCUGACCACUAUGACACAAGCAUCCUGACCCAGUAUGGACAUAUUCACCACCUAGACUGUGAAAUGAAAAUAAAUCCUGAGGAUAAGGAUUAUAAACCUCCUCCUGGAUGAACUAUUCUACCACCCUGACUAUUCUAUAAGCUCUCGGAGCGACUCUGGGACUUCACAACGUCUGAGUUGGAAAUAGCUAACAAGACAAAGAAGAUGGAGGGAGCAUCUGCCUAAUUAGGCCCUGUGUGGUGACAGGCUGAACCUGACACUUUUCCCACAACUCUCAUGUGGAUCACACAGCGGCGAUGAUGCGCGUCCCGUCGUAACACACAGGCACGCGCUCAGUCCCAGUGUAAUUACACUGUAGUUCCUAAUGCUGGGCCACGAAACCCUUCCGAGAUCCUGAAGCCGCUCUGUCUUCCCAGCAGACACGCAAAGACGAGCUCGAGGCUGGGAUGGAGUUUGGAAAAUAAUAAAGCAGCAAGCUUAACUGCCGAAUCUGUCAAGCAGAGGAAUGGAGCGGCAGGGUGACUCUCCGCAUGACCAUGCUUUCGUGGAGCUGCCUGUGCCGAGCAUGCUGAGUGUGUCGGGUGAUGCGGACCUUCAGGUCCUGAUCCGUGAAACAGAGGAGAAACUGAAACUCAACUCCUGCAGUAUUGAGCAGAACCUGUGCGAACUGCAGACAAGGAUUGGUGAGGCCUGUGGUGGUGAGACGGUCCCCAGUCCUACAGAAUGCCUAAAGUGGUUCAGUCAGAGUAAUCUGAGAUUGCUGAAACCCGUCUCUACUGGUCACCAGGAGCUUCUGGACUUCCUCAAAGCACUGCUACACUUUUUGAAGACGGAGGAGGCUUACACAGAGGCAGUUCUCCAGCUGCUGGUGAACAUCUCCUCUCAAUGCGGCGUGGCCUUCCCCACCUCUGACUCUUUAUCUGAAAAGAGUCAGACUUCCAUGACUCCCUUCUGCUCUGUAUAUGAUGACAUCUCUCUGGACAUCCAAGAAACCUGGAAUGACAUCCGGCUCUUGUUGCGGCGCCACCUACUGGACAGGUUAUCCAUAGACACCUCCGGAGUCCCUCAUAGGGCUGUCCUUCUUCUGCAGCAGCUCUGCUUCCUGUACACUGAAACAGAGGUUCUGGAGAAAUAUCAGGCUCUCCGGUGCAAAAUGGUUCUGGAGCUUCUCAGAAAAAAACAGACAUGCCGUCCAGAUGGAGAAAGCGGCUUCAAAAGAAUGGCUGUGGACUUCCAGGCUGUCUGUCUGGCCUUCUGUGCCAUGCUGGGUGAGGACAUUCAUGUCCUGAAUGGCAUAGUUGAGCCACAUUGCAUUCUGAGAUUUGUGAACCAGGCCUACCUGUGGACGCUGGCACAGGAGCUGGGCUUUCUUAUGGAGAAGGAGGUGGAGGUGGUGAUGAAGGACAAUAGCACACAAGGAGGGAAGGGGACGAGGAGCUCAAGCAAGAAGGCAUCAGUAGCUCCUCAAGACGCUCCCCAAACGAACAAGAAUUUUUCCCUGACUUCCGAGCAGCUGAAAGGCCUGGUCCAGCUGGCCCACACAAUGCUGCAGCUGGAGCACAGAGUGGAAGAUCUGGCAGCCGAGCUGGGCUUCCUCAACUGUGCUGGAGAAUCAAGUGGCAUUAGAGGGAACCUAAAGAAAGUCAGGGCUGAUGUGGAGAUGUCUGCACUGGAUAGUAAAGUCACACCAGACCUGCUGCUACACAACACAGAGGUGGUGUGUCUGGAGUUUGAGUGGAGGUCUGCAUUUCAUGUAUUAGUUCCUCAGAUGGUUCACGGUGUGAAGAUGUUUCUGGAAGACAUCUGCAGUAAGCGUGUGCAGCAGGAGGAGAGUACACAUAACUCCACCUCAUCUCAUCAUAUCCCUCUGGCCGGUGUUUCUGUCAGACAGGAAGCUGAACUCUGUCUAGAGACAGACAUGCCCAAGAUGAUCGCUGAGUUCUGUGCAGAUGUGAUGGAGGAGCUGGAUGCUCUCCUCCCUUUGGCUGUGGUGUGUAAAGAAGAUGCUCUGCUCCCUGUAAGCUCCUGCUACAUAGAGGUGUGUGGCCGUGUGAGCUCGGAUCUCCUGACCAGACUGGAAGAAAGGGCAAGGGAGGUUCCUCACUCAUCACCCCUUAAGAACCUUCCUACUAUACUGGCCUCCAGCACCUACAUCUACCACAGACUGGCCUACUAUGAGAGCCAAUUAGGGGACACCAAUCGCAUGCCUCUGACUCUGCUGCCCGUCCAGAGGAGUCAGGAAGUGACCGAGGCCGCUCACAAGCAUCUGACCAGCUACUGCAUCCAUGUGUGUGCCACCAGCAUACUGCAGGAUGCAGAGAGUCACUACUGGGCGGACGACAAGCCAUUUUAUGAGGGUGAAAGGUGUUCCUUCUCUAUCCAGAUGUGGCACUAUUUCCUCUCAGCUUUGCGCAGUGACCUGUGGAGCACCGUUUCCCCGCUGUUGGCCCAGCAGACCCUGGCGCAGGUGCUGGCACAGACUCUCGAGCUCCUGCUUCAGCGAUACUCCAGAGCUCGGCCCUCCUACAAAAGACACCCUCAGAUCAGAGUGGACAUCACGGCCAUCCUGCUGUGUGUGGAGCAGCUGCUGUGGUCUGUGUAUAGCAGUGUGGAGGAACUUAUCAGACCGGAGCUGCCUUCAGAAACUUCCAGAAGCUGGGUGUCCAUCAUCCACAGCCUGUGUAAUCAGCUCCUGAAUGUGCUCGUCAUCCUCACUGCUCCUUUAUCAGUGCUCUACAGAACUUUUCAGAAUGGUUUUAGUGAAGAAUCUUCCACGACUCUAGCCGACACACACACUAACCGUACUCCUUUUUGGCUCAGUAUCUUCAACCCUACACUCUUCCCAUUGGAUCUGCUAAGGGGCGGGGUGGAAAGUGAAAGCUCGGCUCUGUGGCUGCUGAACAUAGUGAGCUCAGGACCUGGCUUCUCUCCGGCUCUGCUCCUACGGGCUAUACUACACCAUGACUGUCUCCUGCUGCGCCUGCUGAUCUCCCACUCCUAUCUGUGUUUGGACAGUAAGGUUGAAGUGUCCCCUGAGGCUCAGGAAGCUGCUGCUGAGUUUGUGGAAGCUAUUUUUGCCAUCCUGUCCUCCCUAAACAACGUCCCCAGGGCUCUAGCGCGAGUGCUUGAGGGCUACCUGGACAGAAGACACCUAUGGGACCACUUUUGCAGUUUAGCAGAUUCAGCCAACGUAGAGCCUGUGCUGUUUAAGUGUGUCAGAGACGUCUUCUACAAACCCAUCAAGAGCCUGUUAGGACACUUAGUGAGCAUGAUGCAGGCAUGUGAAGAACGUCCCAGCCCACUGCUCAGACAAACGCUUCCUGAAAGUGUACAGGCCAAGAUUCCUAAAGAGUGGAACUAUAUUCCCCACGAGGCCACGACGAAAGACAGCAGCAAGAUCACCAUUAGUCUGACCAUCCAGGCUCUUUCCUUCAUCUUCACCCACCUCCCAUCCUGCGUCUCCUCCAUCCCUCUGCCGGUCCGCUUCCUCUUCCACACGGCUGAGAAGCACCAGUGCCAGAGCAGCAGACAGCUGAGGCCCACGGGUCUGCUUAUCCGGGCGCUGCUCAGCUUCCUGUGCCAGGGUCUGGAGAAUGGUGAGACCCUGGAGCUGGUAUCUACUGAGCCCUUGGAGAGAGGGGUCAAAGAGCAUCUGGCACAGCUGUCUGAGUGCCUGCAGGUGAGCCUAGGCCUGGAGAAGGGCAAGCCCAAGCCCAUCACACACAAGAUCCUGCAGGGUCUGGAGGAGAAAAGGCCUAAGUGGAGCUCCAUGCAGCUGCAGAAAGCACACAAGCUCUGCAGUGAGAGCACAUUUGAGCGUGUGGAGAGUGGCCUGGUGCAGGAUAGAGGUGGACCCAGUGAACCGGCCGAGCAGAAAAUGUGUGCUGUGCUGUUGGAGUUGUGCCAGGGAGCAGGUGGUAUUCAGAACCUGCGGCAGAUCCAUCACACCAUCCAGCUCAAUGAGGCCUUGUUAAGGUCCAAGCUAGCUCCUGCUGCAGACAGUACAUCUUCUCCCGAGGGACAACCGUCUGUCCUCUUCUCCUCAGCAGCGAAUGCACUAAACAGUCCGCCCCACUUCAACCCGCUCUUUUGCUUUGACCAUGUCGGCCACGCUAAAUUUGAUCAGUCAGCUAUGAGCACGAGAGAGUGGGACUGGGCCCAACUGCUGCCGGCCUUCAGAGUGAGUCAGGUGACCUUCACAGAUCUGCUGGCUAACAGGUGGGAGAUGCAGGAUGGGGCUCCACUUGGAGAUGAUGAGAAGAUGUUAGUGGAUCACUUAAAGAAAACAUAUCUAAACAGAGCUCCAGAAUCUUGUUCAGAAGGUCUCUGAUCGACUUGAAUGCUACACACCUGGAUUUUAAAACUGUAUUUUUGACUUUGCAUGUUAAAAUUGUUUAUUAUGAAGUUUUAUUGUUUUUGUUGUUUAGUAUGAGGUCCUGUGUUAGUACAGAUAUUAAUCAGGCAUCACUGUAAAUAGAAGAAGCGGUUUAAGGAACUGCUGUUGAAGUGAACCACACAUUCUGACCACACACACACACACUGAAGUGUCAGUAUGUGGGAUAUAUUAGUAAUAUUUGGUACAU